GGCCGGCCCUCCCGGGUCGGCCAUCUUUCAAUUGUGCUCCGAGCCGCCGCCAGCAGCAGCCGCAGCAGCUCCGGCUCCUCCUGCGCCCGCCCGCUCGCCCGCCCUCCAUCCCUCCCUCCCGCACGGCAGCCGCGCUCGCCCAGCGGACGGGGUGUAAGGCAGCGACGUCGGCAGGAGCAUGGCCCGUACCAAGCAGACCGCCCGCAAGUCCACCGGCGGGAAGGCGCCCCGCAAGCAGCUCGCCACCAAAGCCGCCCGCAAGAGCGCGCCCUCCACUGGCGGGGUGAAGAAGCCGCACCGCUACAGGCCGGGUACUGUGGCUCUGCGUGAAAUCAGGCGCUAUCAAAAGUCCACCGAACUUUUGAUCCGCAAACUUCCCUUCCAACGUCUGGUGCGUGAAAUUGCUCAGGACUUCAAGACAGAUCUGCGCUUCCAGAGCGCUGCCAUCGGUGCUUUGCAGGAGGCAAGUGAAGCCUACUUGGUUGGCCUGUUUGAAGAUACCAACCUGUGUGCUAUCCAUGCCAAACGUGUCACAAUCAUGCCAAAAGAUAUCCAGCUAGCACGCCGCAUACGUGGAGAGCGUGCCUAAACUUCACUAAGAUGGGUUUGUCAUUCUCGAAGCAAAAUCUUCUUCCUGUUAUUGGUAGUAAUGAACGUUAGAUAUUUUUUCCAUGGGGUUAAAAGGUACCUUAAGUAUAUGGUUGCAAGUGGAAAAAUAGGGGACAGAAUCGGGUAUUGGCAAGUUUUCUUUCCAUUUUCAUUUGUGUGUGGAUUUUUAAUAUAAACGAGGGGACAUAAAACUAUCAAAAUGCGGUCAAAAAAAGAAAAAUGAAUUGUUGAAACUUGUUCACCAAAACAACUUUAUAAAAAAAAAAGAAUUAUAAAUAAACCUGUCAAAUUUUUCUGGACAAUGCCAGCAUUUGGAUUUUUUUAAACAAGUAAAUUUCUUAUCAAUGGCAACUAAAUGGUGUUUGUAGCAUUUUUAUCAUACAGUAGAUUCCAUCCAUUCACUAUACUUUUCUAACUGAGUUGUCCUACAUGCAAGUACAUGUUUUUAAUGUUGUCUGUCUUCUGUGCUGUUCCUGUAAGUUUGCUAUUAAAAUACAUUAAAUGA